AUGGAAGCUGCAGCAAUCCCAGCGAGCGACGGCGUGAUGCCGAGCAAGCCCGGGAGCUCCUACGAGGCGGUGAGGCGCCUCGCCUCCAGCAGCGCGGUGGUGCUCUUCAGCAUGAGCGACUGCUGCAUGUGCACCGUGGCCAAGACCCUCCUCUUCGGCCUCGGCGUCGGCCCCACUGUGAUCGAGCUCGACAAGCUCGACGGCGGCGGCCAUGACAUCCACGCCGUCCUGCGCCAGCUCGCCCCCGGUGGUGGCGGCGCCCUCCACGACUGGCAGGCUCUCCCGGCGGUCUUCGUAGGCGGCAAGUUCCUGGGCGGGCUCGAAACCCUCAUGGCCCGCCACAUCAAUGGCACGCUGGUCCCGCUCCUCAAGGACUCCGGCGCCCUCUGGCUGUGA